AUGGCGGAGGGAAUCUCACGGCAUGAACACCUCAGCUCUGACACCGUUUUUGAGUUUCUGACAAGUGCAUCGCUCACCCUACUCUUCCACUGCGCCGUCACUGAGUCUGUCAUCUUCCCCUCCCGGGGCACUCAGCAUCUCUUCACGCAACAGCCAGGUCGUCCUGAUUUCACCAGCGCCCUUGUCGGCCUCGCUCUUGCCCUUCCGCGCGCAGACUCGGUUCAACUCCCCUCCGUUAGCGGAGACGAAUCUGAACAGAUACAAUGUCCACAACAACAGGACGGUGAAGAUUCGGUACAGUCUUCCUCCCUUAUUUGGAGUGUCGCGGAUUACUCCUCGCCAGCCGUGUCGCCGGAUUCUAAUUUGUAUCUAUACGAAAGUCUGCAACUGCAGGGCGAACUGCAGGCCAAGCAGGACGCUGCCAAGAAAUACCGGGGUGUCUUGCACGGUGUGAAGGUUAUUCUACAGAAUGAGGGUCCCCGCGGUCUUUUCCGGGGUAUAGGCUCGGCAUAUAUCUACCAAGUCCUGCUCAACGGUUGCCGUCUGGGUUUCUACGAACCGCUGCGCCAGGGUCUGGCAACCACAAUAUACCAGGAUGCUCAAGUUCAAUCGCUGGGUAUUAACGUCCUCGCUGGUGCUGCUUCUGGUAUCAUUGGAGCUGCCGCGGGUUCGCCCUUUUUCCUCGUCAAGACCCGUCUGCAAUCGUUCUCCCCUUUCCUUCCCGUCGGCACCCAGCACAACUACAAGAACUCGUUUGAUGGACUGCGGAAGAUCCACACGUCGGAGGGAGUUUCUGGCUUAUACCGUGGAGUUGGCGCGGCAAUGGUACGAACUGGUUUCGGUAGUUCCGUUCAGCUGCCGACCUACUUCUUCGCGAAGCGCCGCUUGAUGAAGCACCUGGGCAUGGAAGAUGGUCCAGGCCUGCACCUGGCCAGUAGCACGGCAUCUGGCUUUGUCGUCUGCUGUGUUAUGCACCCACCCGACACCAUCAUGUCUAGAAUGUACAACCAAACCGGCAAUCUCUACAAGGGCGUGUUCGAUUGCUUGUUCAAGACCAUCAAGACGGAGGGUGUGUUGGCUAUCUACAAGGGGUACUUUGCUCAUCUUGCGCGUAUUCUGCCUCACACGAUCUUGACCUUGAGUUUGGCCGAGCAGACCAACAAAAUCAUGCGCGGACUGGAGGAUCGGUUCCUGUCUGACUCGUUGAAGGAGAACUUGUAG